UAAGAGCCCUUAAGACUUCGUCAAGUUGAGAAACACCUCCGUGGCGCACGGGGCCAGUGUGAGCGUGUAAUAACGGUACAUUUCGACGAGGGAGUUUAAAAACCACUAUUCCUGGAUCUUGAACUGGACCAAAAGGGCAGCUGUCCGUCGUUUGUUCCAGCGGAAAGGUGAUGUUUGAGGAAGAGUCUGAGACGAUGCAGGAGGAUCCGAGCUCCCCGGAGUCUCCAGUGGACAGCCUUGGUAACAGCGAAGAGGAGAGCGACAGGCAACAGAAGAGAUGUGGGAGGAAAAGAAGACCGAGCAGGAAAAAUGGGGAGGAUUCAGAUAGCCCUACCCAUGGGAAAAGGGGGAAAAAGUGCAGCAGCAGCCCUCAGUCUUUCGAGGACCUUCAAACGCAGCGGGUCAUGGCUAACGUACGCGAGAGACAGAGGACGCAGUCCCUCAACGAGGCGUUCGCCUCUUUGCGGAAGAUCAUCCCAACUUUGCCCUCCGACAAACUUAGCAAAAUACAGACUCUUAAGCUGGCGGCGAGGUAUAUUGAUUUCCUGUGCCAGGUUCUGCAGAGCGACGAGCUGGACUCCAAGAUGGCAAGCUGCAGCUACGUGGCUCACGAGAGACUGAGUUACGCGUUCUCUGUUUGGAGGAUGGAGGGCGCAUGGUCCAUGUCAACAUCCCACUAACGUCUCCGCGUGGAUACUAUUUUGGGGCAACAUGAUUAACACAGACGUCCGUGCUUGCAGAAUGGUACCACUCCUGAAGACUUGGAAGGCCAAUCCUUGGAUAUUACUGGUGGCGAUUUUGUGGCAUUGAGACCUGGCGAGGGUAUAGUGUGGGGAGGCAGCACUUACAAGCAGACACACGAGACGCCGCCAUGGACACGGAGCUACAUUCAGAUCUGUGUUUGAAACUUUACUUUUCUUGACGAUGAAUGUUGGAGAUAUGUACUUUAAUAUGCAUGCUUUUCGACCAGUCGUGCCAGCUCAUUUGUGGACAGAGAGACUGCACCAGGCCGGCUACUUCAAUGCCGGACCCACUGACUCCGGAAAAAACAGCCAUGAAGUGAAGAUUUUUUAUAUUUAUUUUUGUAAAGAAACACAUUUUUUUGGCUCAUACUUGUAUGACUUUCUUGAUGAUUUUCCUGGUUCCUGAAAUACAUACAUUAUAUUUAUUUAUUGAUAGUCCUACUUGCAAUGCAGAUGGAUCUGGAGUCUACAUGCAUUUAAUGACCUUGUUGUAAAUAUUUGUAUAUGUUAUGCAAUAAAACAAAACGAGUAUGAAUUUUCAUCCUUGCGUAAAAGGC